UCAUUAUUUGAUCUUGGAAAUUUGAUCAAAAAUGAAAUAAACACUACUUGGGACAAUGUUGAGAUCUCAUACCAAGUAACUAAAAGUGAGCCACCGAUAAAGAUGUUGACUAACAACUCGGUGCUUUUUUACAUAGACUUGAAGAAGAGUUGCAAUUCUAUACUUGAGUUACCAUUGUGCAUAGAAGAAUGUUAUUAUACUUCAUUCCAAAAUACGGUUACUAAUCAUGAAUUGAUCCAAACACAUUACCAACAUUCAGAAAAAAAUCAAGCUGCAAUACACAACAUGGGGAUUGGUUCCUUGGUACUACAAGCAAGAACAAUAAUUGAAAGUGAGAUAUUUGAAGAUGGUACCUCAAGUAACCAUAAUUCCAGAAGACUUGCUGAUUAUACUAAUGAAGUUGCUGACUUCAUCAUUGAAGAAACUACAAGAAACAAAAGAAAAAGGGAAGAAGAUAAGACAAUCAUUGAAACUCACAAGUUGCAAACAUUAGUAGAAGGACAAUCAUGAGUUUUGUUCUGCUUACUACAAAACUGAAACAAUGAAAGCAACUUAUGCAGAAACAGUUUAUCCUUUGCCACAUGAGG